GAGGACGUUAGCGUCCCGGAGGAGCGGAAGCCGAGGCGACUGUUUUGAAGUUGUUCUUGGGUUGCUUUCCAUUCUUCCGCCCUCUCGUACCUUCGGUACGGCGUGCACACCCUGGCAGCUUUGUCCCGCGUUUAGGGGAGGACGGCCCCUGGCCGGCCUCGGUUUAAUAAAGCGAAGCGUCCCUCGCUGCGGCGCGGCGAGGCGUGGGCCCCGCCGCUUUCCGUCCUUCCUCCCUAGCUAGGGCUCUUCCGCGGCCCGCGCUCGCUGGGCUCAGCAUGUCCACCCCGCCGCUGGCCGGGGCCGGGAUGCCGCCCGGGACCUUUACGGGACCCCAGGCCCAGGCUGCCCGCGAGGUGAACACCGCGUCCCUCUGCCGGAUUGGGCAGGAAACCGUGCAGGAUAUCGUGUACCGCACCAUGGAGAUCUUCCAGCUGCUCAGGAACAUGCAGUUGCCAAACGGUGUCACUUACCACACUGGAACAUACCAGGACAGGUUAGCUAAACUUCAAGAUCAUCUCCGUCAACUCUCCAUCCUCUUCCGGAAACUAAGAUUAGUUUAUGAUAAAUGCAAUGAAAACUGUGCAGGAUUGGAUCCUAUUCUGAUAGAGCAACUCAUUCCUUAUGUGGAAGAAGAUGGCUCAAAGAAUGAUGACCGUGGUGCUUCUGGCCAACUUCGUUUUGCCAGUGAAGAGAGGAGAGAAAUAGCAGAAGUAAAUAAAAAACUCAAACAGAAGAAUCAACAGCUGAAACAAAUUAUGGACCAAUUACGGAAUCUCAUCUGGGACAUAAAUGCCAUGUUGGCAAUGAGGAACUGAACUGAUUUUUAAAUUUGUACUUUAUAACUUGCAUAGCUAUUUUAUUCUCUUUGGCUUUGAUUUUUUUUUUUAACAGUAGCUUAUUUGCCUUCGUCGCAAUGUUGCAAAAAUUUAUUUAAAUUUUUGUUCCAUUAUCGCAAAUAUACAUUAAAUAUAUGCUUCAUAGUUUAGUAAGCAGUAUAACAUCUCUCUGUUAAGUAUAGUAACUUAUUGACAGCUCUUAAUUUUUGUUAGUUUUCUAUAAUUCAGCAAUCAUGUGAAAGCAUAAUUUUUUAGGUUUAAACUUUCAUUAUUAAGUUUAUUUUUCUUGAAUUGUUUUUCUUGAUUUUGUUAUCUUAUAUUGAAAAGAUUAAUUUAGUAACCAUUUGUUAAUAUGUUAUAUUCAAAUAACUUAAAAAGUCUAUUCCUUAUUUCUAAAUUAAAAAAAAAAUAGUUUAAGCUAUU